AUGGAGGCACCGUUGAAGCGAAAACGCACAUCCGUGUCGCCAGUGUCAGGGAAUGAAUACGAGCCAAGCGAGGUCGAUUUACAAGAAGCACGUGCCCAGAACGACCUGCGCCUGAAAUCCAUCUUCGAGGGUAUUUUCGAAAAGUACGGUCGGGACUUUACAGACGUCGGUGACGAGAUCGACCUACAGACAGGGAAAAUCACGGUAAACAAUGGGCACAUUGACGCACUCGACCGGGAAGGCAGUGGUUCCGAGAACUGGAUGUCGGAUGCGGAGUCACAGGCCUCGACAGCAGAGGCAAAUGAGGGCGAACAAGCACGCCUUGCCCAUGAGCCUGACGCGUGGGGUGCAGACGAUAGUGUCCUGGAAGGGCAAGGCGACCGCGUCCUGAACCAGGACCAUCCCGGCCGCAGGGCGGUCUCCAUACUAUCACACAUGCGACCAUACCCCCAGAAGAGAUUGGACGGAAUCAAGGAAGGUGGUUCGGAUCGGGAGGAGCAGGGUGACGAAGAGGGCGCUACGUCGGAGGCUGAAGGCGACAGGUUAAGUGUGGAUUCUCUGAUGGAUUCGGCGCUAUCACUGCACGCCCAGGGCACCCGGAAAGUUGGUAAAACCGUCACGGGCGAGACUCGCAACGAAAAAGCAAUUCCUCACAACCACGCUUUCCACCAAUCUCCGACCACGCGUACUAAGAGUCUCGAUGAGACUGUGGAACCGAUUUGGCGUGUUCCUGAAAUCGGUGCGAAGUUUGCAACUCCGACUCUGCUUAGCCGAUCUAGACCAAAAGCAAAACCUGUCAAUAAGGCAAUACGUUCGCAGUCUCCACCCGGAGCAGGCUCCCUUUGGGCUUUACCAUGGACAACGAGGCGGAACACGGAUGUGAUCAAGAAGAAAAGCAAGCAAAAAGACAGUCCGAAAAAGCGAAAAAUGAACCAUUCUAGCCCUGUUCUCGCUUGGGACUGGUCAUUCGCCGAUGCUCCAGAUGGAAGCGAAUCCGACGAUCCAUUACAGGAGGACUACGAGCCCUCGCCCAUGCCAAAGAGAUCACUCUACAUUCGGGAGAAGCGCAAAGGCCCUUUCUCGGCAAGCGGUGCGCAGAAGACCUGCACCUUCUGCAAAAGGACCUUUUCUAAACAAGAUUAUGUCAUGCAUAUGAAGGCCGUGAUGGCGGAUCCUGCAGACAACGAACAUGACUUGGUAGAACUCAGAAGGCAGCUAGCCACAGUCACCGAUAACAGCGCUACUGGGCGGGCGCCUGACGCCACUCCCACUGGCACAGCCUCUGCACCUGCCUCUGAAGUUAUUGUUCGUCCAACAAAUACACCAAAAGAACCCGAGUCAAACGCGGGUCAAGAGACGAACCACGAAUCAACGCCAACAGGUCACAAACGCGCUAGGACAGUCCUAGGGCCGCAGGAAGCCAGACUAAUCAUCCAGUUGCGACAAGUUCAAGGGCUGAAAUGGAAGGAAAUCUCAGACCACUUCCCGCAAAAGAAACCCACGAAUAUCCAAGCGUGGCACCAUGUUCAUUGGAAUCAGCGUAAGGCGAAUCCUCCUCAAUUAUCCGGACCCUGGUCAAACGCUGAACUCGAGAAAUUGGAGAAUCUCAAAGACCAACCAGAGCUGACUUGGCCUGAUAUUCGUGUUGAGUUCCCGGGGCGCUUGCUUCCGGAGAUUGAGUUCAAACUGUUGCAAAUUUGGGCGGGCGACGACGUCUCACAGGCUACACGGUCACUCAGUCCAGCAGAGUAA